AUGUAUGGUCUUCUAUUACAAUCAUGUAUUGAAAUUAUUCGAGCAAGAUAUGGACAAGAAACUUGGGAACAAAUUAAAGGAAUGUUACAUCUUGAUGUUAAUACAUUUUCUGCUUUUCAACAAUAUGGUGAAACAUUAUUUGUACGAAUAACAAAACUUCUAAGUGAAAUAACAAAUGAACCAGUCAGCGAUCUUAUGGAUAUAUUUGGUGUUGAAUUUGUUUCAUAUAUUUCAAAUUAUGGUUAUGAUCGUGUAUUAAGAAUUCUUGGACAUAAUAUGAGAGAUUUUUUAAAUGGUUUGGAUAAUUUACAUGAAUAUAUGCGUUAUACAUAUCCGAGAAUGCGUCCACCAUCGUUUUAUGUUGAAAAGGAAACUGCUGAAGGUCUCACUCUUCAUUAUCGUAGUCGACGACGAGGUUUUGUUCAUUAUGUUGUUGGCCAAAUAACGGAGGUUGGCCGUCGUUUCUAUGAUACAAAAGUUGAAAUUGAAAUAGUUAGUCAAAAAGAAGAAUUUGAUGUUACACAUGUUAUCUAUGAACUUAAAUUUGAAAAUACAGCUUAUAUUAAACAAACAACAUCAGAUAAAGAUUCUAAUGAACUUGAUUUAACAAUUGAUUGUCAUAUAUUUUUUGAAUUAUUUCCAUUUCAUAUGGUUAUAUCAGAAUCAUUAGAAAUUAUAUCAGCUGGUGAUUCAUUAACACAACUUUUUCCAAAUAUUGUCGGUGAAUUAAUACGUGACAUAUUUACUCUUGCUCGACCAAUUAUUACAUUAAGUUGGUCUCAAAUUGUUUUACAUUCCAAUAAUGUUUUUGAAUUUUCAACAAUUGAACCAUUACGUAAACAAGUAGACGAAUGUGAUUUACAAAUAAAUGAUGUUAGAGACCAAAAUGAUUCAGAAAUGCUUUUAUCUAUCACAGCUCAACGUGAUAUUCAAGAAGAAUAUUUGCGUCUUCGUGGACAGAUGUUAUACGUACAUGAAUGGAAAGCAAUUAUUUAUUUAGCAACACCAAUUUUGGAAAAUCUUGAUGUUAUGUUUAAUACUGGUUUAUUUAUAAAUGAUCUUUCAAUGCAUGAUUCAAGUCGAGAUUUAGUAUUAGCAGGUACACAACAAAGUGCGGAACUUAAAUUAGCCCUGGAUCAAGAAAGACAAAAAAGUAAAGCAUUGGAAGAAAGUAUGAGAAAAUUAGAUACUGAAAUGAAAAAAACCGAUUUACUUUUAUAUCAAAUGAUACCAAAGAAGAUUGCUGAUCGAUUACGAAAUGGAGAAAAAGCAGUUAACCUCUGUGAAACAUUUGAUAGUUGUACAAUAUUAUUCAGUGAUGUUGUUGGUUUUACAUCAAUAUGUGCAUCACUUACACCCAUGGAAGUUGUUUCUAUUCUUAAUGAAAUGUAUACUAAAUUUGACAAAUGCUUGGAAAGUCAUAAUUGUUAUAAAGUUGAAACAAUUGGUGAUGCUUACAUGUUAGUCAGUGGUUUACCUGAACGUGCUCGAAAUCAUGCGGCAGAAAUUGUUGAUAUGGCAUUUGAUAUGCUUGAUUCAAUUAUUACUGUAACAAAUCCAACAAAUAAUGAAAAACUUAAAAUUCGUAUUGGUUGUCAUAGUGGCCCAGUUGUUGCUGGUAUAGCUGGAAUUAAAAUGCCACGUUAUUGUCUUUUUGGUGACACAGUAACAACAGCUAAUAAAAUGGAACAAACUAGCAAAUCAUUACAUAUUCAUAUAACUGAUACAACAUGUCGAUUAUUAGAUCGAAAAUCUUAUGCAGUUCAAGAAUGUCAAAAAGGAGCAUUACAUGGUUCUACACCUAUACAUACAUAUUUUGUAUUGAAUAAAAAAGAUCGAGCAGGUAAACUUCAAGUACGUCCAUUUCAUACUGUACUUGAAGAAAUAAGACAACAAGAAAUUGAAGAAGCUAAAGCAAAAAAAACAAUGAAACUUAAAAAUAUAGAUUUAGAACCGAUUUCACUACCUGUACCAAAUGAAAAUGGUUUUAAUCAAUUAGUAAUUGAAAAUAAUUCAAAAUCUUUAUCAACAGAAAUUGUUCCAAUGCCUGAAUCACCAAAUAUAAAUAAUAAUAAUAAUAAUAAUGAAGAUGUUACAGUACAACUUAAUCAAAAUUCUGAACCAAAAAUAAAUAAUAAUUAUGAUCAAACAAUAAAAACAUCUGAAGAUAUCAAAGAACAACGAGAAUCAAUGAAAUCAUCUCGUCGACAAUCACAUAGUAGAACAUGCGAACUAAUUUAA